CAUUAUUUCACUUGUCAGAUCGUACAGAUGACUGUUAGUGCAGUGUUUUAUAUACUAAAUGGGAAUGUACCAUCGCAUCAACGACUCUACAGUUACUGAAUUUAUUCUAAUGGGUUUAUCUGCAAGGCGUGAUCUACAGAUAGGUUUAUUCCCAAUAUUUUUAAUAAUUUAUCUAUUUACUAUUUUAGGAAAUACAGGAAUAAUUUUCCUUGUGUGUAAUAAUAGCAGGUUACGCACGCCCAUGUACUUCUUUAUCUGUAGUCUAUCGUUUUUGGAUCUCUGCUAUUCUUCAGAUAUCACUCCAAAAAUGAUUGUCGAUCUCCUUUAUGAGAAGAAGACAAUCUCCUAUAUUGGCUGUGCAAUUCAACUCUUCUUCUUCUGUGCUUUUGGCACAACUGAAUGUUGGCUUUUUGCUGUAAUGGCCUAUGAUCGCCAUGUUGCAAUAUGCAACCCAUUAAACUACAACAUUGUCAUGCGAUCAACUACUUGUAUAUUACUAGUGUAUGGAGCUUACACUAUUGGCUUUGUGCAUGCUUUGAUUGAGAUAUGUUUUACAUUUCAUCUGUACUUUUGUGCUUCUAAUAUUGUCUAUCAUUUUGUUUGUGACUUUCCUCCUUUGCUAAGUAUCUCUUGCACAGAUACGUCUAUUAAUGAACUUAUUCUAUAUAUUUUUGCAUCUUCUGUAACAAUGAUUUCUCUUUUCAUUAUCCUCAUGUCAUAUUUUGCCAUCUUUUUGGCUAUUUUAGAGAUAAAACAUAUCAAGGGAAGAAAAAAAGCUUUUUCAACGUGUUCUUCACACAUCAUCGCUGCCUCAGUUUUUUAUUGCACUGUCCUUUUUGUUUAUCUAACACCCAAAUCUAAAGCUUCUGGGCCGAGUGAAGUGAUAGCAACAGUGAUUUACACUGCAGCAAUACCCAUGGUCAAUCCAAUCAUUUACAGUUUUAGAAAUAAAGAUAUUAAAGUAUCAAUAAAAAUAACUUUACAAAACUCAAAAGUUGUAUUUUCAAACCAUUAA